AUGUAUUAUCUCUCUAUUUGUUUAAGGUUGACUGAAAUAAUCAAUCCAUACUCCUGUGUUGUUUACAGCUAGCUUUCAAGAAUCGGCCUGUCUGUCUCCCCAGGUGGCUGCUAUGCGAAUGAGCUGGGAGGAAAUGAUGUGUUGUGCAACAGUGCUUAUAGUAUCUUUGGAACAUGAAGGUCGGGGAAAGUUCUAAAACUUGAUGGAAGAACUUAUGUACAGGCGAUGUUGAUGGAAUUUUGGGCAAAGGAGCGUUUCAUUUCUGGUAGACCCACGGUAUCCACUCCACUGAUGGCAAGCUAAGUAGUUUUACUGCUGGAAAGACUUGAUCGAUCCUAAAAGCACUUACUUAAUAUUCUCUAUAGAGGAGAGCCUUUGUUUUUUUUCCUCCACCAACGGGGAUCCUAGCUGGGAGAGAGGGGUGGCGGGUGUAGCUGCAGACUCUCCCUUACAGCCAGGACAGUCCUGACCUGCAAGGAGAGGAGAGGAGAGUGAUCAGACCUCCAUCUGCAUUAUCAAUAUUCUUCCUCCUCACUCUGGAACACAUCCUUUAAACACCAGAUAACAUAUAUUAUUAUGGAUGUUAAGAAACACAUUGUUACUGUUAUGAAUGAAAACAACCAGCAUUGCUGUUUCCCCACAAGAGAAGAGACCGGGAGCCACAUCUGCAACCUACUGUAGAAAGAAGCGGAUAAAACAGAGUCCAUUGAAACAUCACAAUAUUCAUAAUUAUUUAGCUGAAUAACGCACCAGUUCUAUGAUGGUAGAUGGAGUCAUGAUUCUCUCUGUCUUGGUGAUGUUGGUCUUGCCCUCUUCCAGCAUGGAAGAAGAAGAAUUGAAGGUAAACACAAAAACCUAUGAGUGUGUUUGUGAGGGAAUGUCCUGUGGGAACAGGGAUCGCUGCUUUGGCCAGCAGUGUUUUUCCUCACUCAGUAUAAAUGAUGGCACUUGGGUUUACCAGAAAGGCUGCUUUCAGGUUUACGAACAGGGAAAGAUGACCUGCAAAACCCCUCAUUCCACGGAACAGGCUGUGGAGUGCUGUCAAGGGACUUUGUGUAACAUAAACAUCACAGCACAAUUGCCCCUAAAAGGGAAACCUCAAAAAGGUGAAGCUCAGCAUUACAGUGUGACAACGCUGGCCAUCGUUAUUGUGGCCCCUGUCAUAGUGCUGAUAGUCCUAUCUGUGAUUGCUGUCCUGAUCUUCAGAUCAAUCCACCACAAUCAGAUGGAGAGGCUAAAUGCACGAGAUGCAGAGUACGGGACGAUAGAUGGAUUGAUAGCCUCAAACGUUGGGGAGAGCACUUUGGCAGAUUUGUUGGACCAUUCCUGUACAUCAGGCAGUGGAUCUGGUCUGCCUUUCCUGGUUCAAAGGACAGUAGCUCGGCAGAUUACACUAAAUGAGUGUGUGGGAAAAGGCCGCUAUGGAGAAGUCUGGAGAGGACAGUGGCAAGGAGAAAGUGUGGCAGUGAAGAUUUUCUCCUCCAGAGAUGAAAAGUCCUGGUUUCGAGAGACUGAAAUCUACAACACUGUGCUGCUGAGGCAUGAAAACAUAUUGGGUUUUAUUGCUUCGGAUAUGACUUCAAGAAACUCCAGUACACAGCUGUGGCUCAUAACACACUACCAUGAAAUGGGCUCCCUGUAUGAUUACCUGCAGCUGACCAUGCUGGACACGGUGGGCUGUCUGCGCAUAGCCCUGUCCAUAUCCAGUGGCUUGGCACAUCUGCAUGUAGAGAUCUUCGGAACCCAAGGAAAGCCUGCUAUUGCACACCGGGACUUGAAAAGCAAAAACAUCCUGGUUAACAAGAAUGGACAGUGCUGUAUAGCAGACUUAGGUCUUGCUGUGAUGCAUUUCCAAGAUACUGAUGAGUUAGAUGUGGGAAAUAACCCCAAGGUUGGGACCAAGAGGUAUAUGGCACCAGAAGUUCUAGAUGAAACCAUCCAGGCUGACUGCUUUGAGUCUUAUAAGAGAGUCGACAUCUGGGCGUUUGGGCUUGUCCUGUGGGAGGUUGCCAGGAGGACGGUUAGCAAUGGUAUUGUAGAAGACUACAAGCCACCCUUUCAUGAUGUUGUCCCCAACGACCCCAGUUUUGAAGAUAUGAAAAAGGUUGUUUGCACUGACCAGCAAAGGCCAAACAUUCCUAAUAGGUGGUUUUCAGAUCCGACUUUAACAUCUGUUGCCAAGCUUAUGAAGGAAUGUUGGUACCAGAAUCCCUCUGCAAGGUUAACUGCACUGCGCAUCAAAAAGACACUGACAAAAAUCGACAACUCCUUGGAUAAAAUCAAAGCUGAUUGCUGAACUCUCUAGCACCAAGUGGCACUAUAAGGGCUUCAUGAAGCGCACAAGUGUUUCGCCUGGAAAUAAGACGUGGGAUCGGUCCCGGCACAGUGCUCUAUAGCGGCACAGAUUAUUUAUUUUAACAACCUGAUUGGAGAAAUGUUUGGCAUCCAAAGAUGGCUUCGUGGGCAUUUAAAAAGGCUGUAAAGAUGUGGUGAUAAUUUGCUGGCUACUGUCAGUUUGCAUCCAUAGGAACUUGUAAUAGUCACAUUCUUUAAGGAAGAAACUGUCACCUGGCCAUGGAAUAAUGGCGUUGGUUGUCUUAGACACUACAUGGGUAAAACUAAUAACUGAACUGCUAUUUCAAUGAGCAAUAUGGUCUGUGCUUCUCUACUUUAUUGCACUAGCAGUCGUUGCAUUCCUUACUUGCGCUGUUCCUGGUGCAUUGUAAAAGAAAAUAACUUGCCAAAAAUGGUUUGGUUGUUUAUUCCACUAACACCGUAUCUUAGAAAUAUCAAUAACUGAGAAACUGAAAAGAAAAACAAUAAUUAGUUAUUUUAGCAUCAUUUCUUGCACUGGUGUUUACAUUAUUGUUGGAAAGUAGGUUUUCUUGAUAUUCUUUAUAAAAUGUAUUUAUUGCUAAUGCACUGAUUAGUUGUAAAAUAGUGCAGCAGUUUAAGCUACUUUCUUUGUGUCUGUUUCUUGCUUCAUAAUACAACAAAUGAUUAAUGCAGUCUUUAAUGUAAUCUAUUUUGCAUAUCACAUUACAGUCCAUGCAUUAUGUAACUCAUGUUAUGAUUUUUUUUUUAAUGUUUUAUAAGCUUUAUUGCGUUCAGAUGCUUAGAGUAAAUAAAAACACUCAAUUCAUAAUUUAUACAGAUAUAUUAAAAUAAGGUUCAAGGUUGUCAAGCCUGUGGAUGUGCUUUGUCUUAAUCUUCAUGUGCAUUGUAAACUCAGCCAGAAUUUAAAAUUUGUUUUGUUUAACCCAACAUUUGAUAUUUAGUAGUCAUUUGUAUAAAUUAAAUAGAAUGUUUGCAACCGACUAUAUGAAAGGGUUGUUUGUGAUGGGUGUCUCCAGAUCUAAUAUAACACUGUGUUAAUGUUAAACGUGAAA